CACCUCAUCGUGCAGCCUGCGGACCUCCGACUCGAUCCUCCGGAAAGCUACCUCUACGUCCAGGAUGGCUUCAUCGUCUCGUGCGGCGUGCUCUACGUCCUGUGCUACUUGUUCUACAUGACCAAGACCGUCAAGGAUAAAACCUGCGCCGGCCCGAUCGAGUAUUUAGGCACGACCAUGGCGUACGAGCUCUUUUACGCCUUCAAGACCACUUCCACCACCUUUGAGCUCCUCUGCUUUCUGGCGUGGUUCCUGUUCGACGUCACAUUUGUUUCCGUCGCCAUCGCCAACGCAUAUCCCCGACGACAGCGCAAGGCGGUGGUUGGUAGAACCAUCGCCAUCGUCGUUGCGGGCAUCGUCUUUCUCCAGUGGUUGUGCGCGAGGUACCCCGACGAACGGGAGCAAGUCACGGCCUUUUGGACGGGCGUCGUCCUCCAGCUUCCGAUCAGCGUGGGAAGCGUGUGGCUGCUGGUGCAGCGGCGGGACACCAAAGGACAGUCGCUGGAGAUCUGGAUCACACGCUACUUGGGCUGCUGGACGGCGUACGGGCUGUUCUUCUGGCGGUAUCUCAACAUCCCGGAGAACUGGUCAUACGUCUCUUCGGCCUGGAGCAUCGGCAUGAUUGGCAUCACCCUGCUGGCGGAGACCAUCUAUCCCUUCAUCUACGUCUGGGUCUGG